CUCAGCUCAGUCAAAGACCAAAGACAAGUGUUCAAUGAAAGAUCUGUCACCAGCCAAAGGUCUUCUCCUUUGUCUGUCAGUGUCACUCAUUAUUCGCAAAGGCACUGAAUGGUUAACAGAAUGCCAUGGAAUCUUCAGGUGGUACCCACGUUUGCAUCUGUUGAGAGCUUACAAGAGUUCUGAACCCAGUUGAAGCGAGAUAGAGAAGAAGAGACGUUUUCCACGACUAUCUUUUAAUAUUACUAGUAGUAGGAUCAUAGUUUGGUAGAAUGGCGUCUAUCCAAAGCUUGUUAGUGCUAUUAGUGAGUUUGGUAGCUACUGCGAGCUCUACCCACUCUGCUGGAGAGGAAAAUUUUGAGGUUAAAAUGCCUGGAGCGCGAGUAACCAAGGAUGAUGAAUAUCGUUGCUUUGCUCGCAAACUGCCCGCAGGGCAGAACUAUAUUGUUGGUUUUGACCCGGGUGCUUCGGCGCACACCGUUCACCACAUGCUCGUCUUCGUGUGUUCUGAGCCCAGUAGCAUUUCUGGUUCGUCUUACGAAUGCCUAUCGCCCGGAGAAAUUUGCCGAAGAGACUCGCGUAUUAUCUAUGCGUGGGGUCGUGAUGCCGACGGAAUGGCCCUGCCCAAAGGCGUUGGCAUAGCGGUCGGAGGAGACAGUGACAGCUACAUAGCAAUGCAGUUGCACUACACAGACGCAAGCGCCCUGCCACCCGGAGGUGAUCACUCCGGCAUCACGCUACGCAUCACGUCCCAGCGACCGGCGUACCUCUCCGCCAUCCUGCUCUUCAACGGCCUGGCCAACUUACAGCCAAGAACAGCCGAAAUCAAUGUUGACAUUGCGUGUGGUUGCAAAAAAAGUGGCCUUGUCAUUGGCGAGUGUGUAUUGCCGUCGGUGUCAAUUCAUCCGUUUGCUUUCCGAACACACGCCCAUGAUAGAGCCACCCAGAUCAGUGCGUACAUCAUUCGCGACCGCAAGUGGAUCCUGAUUGGCACGCAGAGUCCGCAACGGCCACAGGCAUUCUACCCAGUCCCAGACCCAAGCAUCGUUAUCCGCCCGGAUGACAUUGUGACUGCAAGGUGUACAUAUAACACCACUGGACAGGAUCAUUACAUUCGCGCUGGUUCCACACGUGAGGAUGAGAUGUGUAACUUCUAUAUGAUGUACUACGUCACAGCUCACCAUGCCAGGUCUGCACACUUCAGACAGUGUGUCAGCCAGGCACCGCGUGCCAUCUCGUCACGAUUCCCGCAUCCACCGCUGCCCUUCUUCAACGGCACCGAAGGUCACCACCAUCAUCAUCAUCACCCUGCCGAACCUGACGACCCUCCAACAAGAGCACCAGUAUCCGCAUCGGCGCGUGUGCCGCAGCUCACAGUGCUGGCCUGGCCCUCCUCACAACCAGGUCACUUCAGUAAUCUGCAACUGGGACAAGUCGGUGGCGUGGCCACUCACCCACACUCAGGCCUCCUCUACGUGUUCCACCGCGCGUCUCGAGUGUGGAGCUUCCGCUCGUUUGACUAUCGCAACGUGUUCAACGUGAAGCUUGGGCCGAUCGUGGAGGACACUGUGGCCGUGGUGGAUCCAAACACCGGCACAGUGCUCUCGUCCUGGGGUGCUGGUCUCUUCUACAUGCCCCACGGCAUCUUUAUCGACGGCUCUGGCAAUAUCUGGGUGACGGACGUAGCCCGGCAUCAGGUCAUGAUGUUUUCUCCGAAUAACCUAAGACGGCCUUCUCUCACGCUGGGUGAGCGGUUCAUCCCAGAUGAUGAUACGGAACACUUCUGCAAGCCAGCGGACGUCGUAGUCGAUGCCCAUGGCUACGUCUAUGUGGCUGAUGGCUACUGCAACCAGCGCAUAAUGAAGUUCAACAGCCAGGGUCGAUUCCUGCGCGAGUGGGAUCACCGUGGUCUUGUACGGCAGCCACCACGUAUGAAGCUUGCUUUUCACAUACCCCAUGCGCUGACCUUGAAUGCUAAGGGCGAUCGUCUGUGCGUUGCCGACCGGGAGAAUGGGCGCAUUCUCUGCUACAACCCGCACACUGGCCAGCUGAUGACUGUAAACACGCCCGCAGAACUCGGCGGCCGCGUCUUCUCCAUUGCGUUUAGCAAGAAUCCAGAGGGCUAUCUGUACGCAGUGAAGGCGAACACUACGAACAGCAGGGCACAGGGCUUUACAUUGCUGCCAGGCACCAAGACAGUCCUCAACCGCUGGUCUCCUGGCGUGGGCAAGAGUUUCUCUAAACCACAUACCAUGACAGUUGCAAAUGAUGGUUCGGUGUUCGUGGGUGAGAUUGGCCCAGAUCUUCUCUGGAAGUUUAGCAACACUAACGUAGCCAGUCCCAGCGGUGGCUUGGGUACGUCGUCGUCGUCAGCACAGGGUAGCCAGUCACCAGACAGUAGCACCAUGUCUUCUAGUGAUGCUGCACCCACCACUGGUGUGUUGACUUCAGCACAACAGCAGCUGCAGCACGAGUCAGGGUCUAGCCUGCAAGACACCGCUAGCAGUCACACUGAGCUGUCUGAGCAGUUUCUGACAUCGUCGUCGCCAGUGCAGGCGACAACCGAACCUCCCGCCACGACAAUGCCUCCGACUUCUACCGUGUGGACAACAGCGGCACAGACAACAACGGUGCAGGCAGAAACAACCGUACUGCCCACUUCUACUGCAGGGCAGACCACCAGCCCACAGGCCAGAACAACAACAGCAACAACUGAUGUUCCUACAAACACUUUAGCCGUGCAGACAAGCGCCCAGCGAUUGCCAACCGAUAUGCUUCCUACAGCGCAAGUUGAAACCGAUGGUGCUGACCCCGCAGCAGAUACUACACCCGCCGUGUCUGCUUCUCCAACACCGACCCCGUCAGCAGUGCCUUUUGACACGAUGGUUGAAACGUCGCCACUUGAAGCCCGUAUGCCGUCCGAGACCGCGGCAGCAUUUCCCAAGCAGAGCCUUGCUGAUGUUGCGGCCGGUGGUCUGUCUGAAACCAGCAGUGCAGAUCCCCUUGCUAGCGUUGCUUCUGUACCGCAUGAUUCUAACAACAUGAACAUAGCACUGCUGUCGGCAUCACCAGCAUCAGUGCACCGUGUUACCAAUGAAGUGACACAACCUGUAGACUCUCAUACAACGGUAGUGACAAGAAGUGCAACGCAUGCGCCGGCUAUCCAGCACGAGCACGAUGACGACCGGACGACGACCAACACAGUGCAGGCACUGCCAGCCACCACUGCCUAUAGCUUACUGCAUGAUGCUGACACGAUCAACAUCGGUGUGGUGUUCCUGUUGUCUUUCGUCAGCUGCAUUCUACUCUUGAUCCUUCUCGUGGCCAGCGUUCAGUAUUGUAAUCGCCGUCAGAGACAGAGUCGUGGGCCCAAAGAGACGCCGCUCCGCAAGCUCGUCCGCAUGGCCAAGCGCAAUGGCAAGGCCAACGGCGGCGCUGGGGAGUUUCAGAAACUGCAGCAAGAGGAGACCAGCGAGAGCGAGGAGUUCUAGAUCCUGCCCGGAGAUCGUGUGUUCGCAUGGGUGACGUGGCAGGCACUGCUUCCACUGCUAGUGCCGCCACCACUACCGUCGCCUCUCCUGUUCUGUAUGUAGUAUGAACGUAGUAGUAGCCUCUGCUUGUACAGCAGUAGCAAGAACAACAACAACAACAACAACAACAACAUGUCAUUAAUGUUGCAGUACAGUACAGCACUAGUGAAACUGCUAGAUAUUACCGUGUCUGUUUUCACUCUCCUUGUGGACUAUGACUGUCAAACUGGCUUACUGCACUUCUCAUCGGUUGACAAGUAAGCAUUCCCAUUACACAUUGCUUGACUUGAAACCCACUGGCCUGCAUCUGAAGCACGAAACACACUUUCAAGCCAUGUUUUCAUUGUUUUUGAACUACUUGAGACCGUUAUCAUUGGGUUAUGUAUGUCGCUGUCAGUAUUACAAUGACCACCAGCACCAGCAGCAGCAGCACCAACACCUCUGCCGUGUAGAAAUCUAGUCUAUAACUUACGAUGCCGAAAGAGCUGUGGGCUCUGCAUCGGUAACCAACUCAUGUCAAAUCAAACCUGUUUUAGCACGUCCCAACACUGUUGGUGACCAUCGUUUUCAUCAUCAUCAUCAUCAGCCACUUUUCCUUAACCCUGCUUUUCUCUAUUUUUAGGCAAUGCUACCACAGUUCUGCACAGCACAUACUAACUUGUCGUGUAGUUCAGUGAGUAUGUAUUUUGAACUGUUCCAGACUUAUUUUAGUGGCAUUGCUGGGCUAGUUCUUUUUUCUAGCUUUGUUGGCCUUCACAGUGCACCCUGCCUUGAUGUCACGGUCCAACUCUCUCUCUUUCUCUCUCUCUCUCUCUCUCUCUCUCUCUCUCCCCCCCCCCUCUCUCUCUCUCUCUCUCUCUCUCUCUCUCUCUCUCUCUCUCUCUCUCUCUCUCUCUCUCUCUCUCUCUCUCUCCCCCUCUCUCCCCCCUCUCUCUCCUCUCUCUCUCUCUCUCUCUCUCUCUCUCUCUCUCUCUCUCUCUCUCUCUCUCUCUCUAUCUAUCUAUCUCUCUCUAUCUCUCUCUCUCUCUCUCUCUCUCUCUCUCUCUCUCUCUCUCUCUCUCUCUCUCUCUCUCUCUCUCUCUCUCUCUCUCUCUCUCUCUCUCUCUCUCUCUCUCUCUCUCUCUCUCUCUCUCUGUCUCUCUCUCUCUCUCUCUGUCUCUCUCUCUCUCUCUCUCUCUCUCUCUCUCUCUCUCUCUCUCUCUCUCUCUCUCUCUCUCUCUCUCUCUCUCUCUCUCUCUCUCUCCCUCCCUCCCUCUCUGGCCGUGCCUCAUCCUGCAGAUAUAUGCAGGGUGUCGGUGAUGCUAUCUCUCUUGACAUUGCACUAUGUUCUUGGACGUCUUGCUUUUUUUAGCUCAACGUUCUAAUUAAUUUAUCUUGCUAACUCUCUGUUUUCAACAUGGCUCAGGUUUGCUCUUGGACGUAUGUAUUGUUCGUGUACUAAUUUUCCUGGUUGUAACCAUGGUUACUGA